AACAAAAGAGGUUUUUUCGCGUUCAAGAGACUCAGAGGAGUGGAGAUUGUUCUUCGGGAGCUAAGCUUUCACAAUUCUUGAAGAAAUACGCGAUAAGAUUAAUUAUUCAGGUGUUAGAGAUCCAGCAAAACAAGAGCUUAAUUUCUUGAGUAAGAGGUGUUUGGAAGGAGAAUCUGGAAUGAAGAAGUACGGUCUGCAGCUUAGGGUUCCACCAUCCCAACAGAAAAAGCAAGCAUCAAAACCUCCCUUACAUCCUCUUAUAUUUUCGGACGACAUUGAUGAAGACAUCGGUGGAGACAUUGCUCGCCAAGCUGUCAAUAAGAAGGUUCUCAGAGAUGUUGAAGAGCAACACAAAAAAGCCUUGGAAGAGGAUCCAUCGGUUUUUGACUAUGAUGGGGUCUAUGAAGAAAUGAAAGAGAGAACAGCACGCCCUAUCAUACAGGAUCGUCAAGAGAAACAGUCAAAAUACAUCCACACUUUACUGGCGAAGGCUAAAGAAAGAGAACGAGAGCAUGACGUAGCAUAUGAGAGGAAACUUGCUAAAGAGAGAAGCAAAGAUGACCAUCUCUUUGGAGACAAAGAAAAGUUCGUCACAGGUGCGUACAAGAGAAAACUUGCAGAGCAGGAAAAAUGGUUGGAAGAAGAACGAAUACGCCAGCUUCGCGAGGAAAAAGAUGAUGUUACCAAGAAAAGUGACAUUAGUGAUUUCUACUUCAACCUUGGGAAAAAUGUCGCUUUUGGUGCUGGAGGGGUUGAAUCUAGUGUGGCAGCUAAAAAGGAAGUGAAUGUUAUUGCCGAUACCUCUGAAAGAGAUGUUAGUCCCGUGAUGGAACCACCUUCAAGCUCUAGACGGGAGAAAAAUGGUGAUCAAGCUGGCUUUUCUGCUCCUUCUGAGACAAAUGUUGACACUUCAGACGGGAAAUUUGUAACCACUGACAGCCUUCAAGUAAGCAAUGCAGUGCCUAAACCAGUUGCCGAUCAAUCAGACCAGGAUCUUCAUAAAAAACCUGAAGCCGCAUUAUCUGCAGCGAAAGAACGUUUUAUGGCGCGCAAAAGAGCAAAACAACAAUAGAGUUUGGUUGAUGAAGCAGAUGAGUACCUCAAGUUGGUCGAUUAGGUCAGCUGUACAACAGGACAAUAUUUUUUCAACAGGUUAGAGGAGCCGGUCAUAUAUGAGUAACUUCAGUAUCAAAGGAGAGAAACAUUUCAGAGAUCAGAUUGGUUGUUAUGGGUGAGCAACUUUGUUUGGUUACCUUUUACAGAAUACAAUUUGUUAUAGAAAAGAACAUGUUAAGUGGCGAAAUGAGUGAGAUGCAACUUUGCCGUGUUUUAAGUAUAGAAAAGCAUGGCAAGUGGUUUUUAGUGUUGUUAACUAUAAGCUGUAUGGUGUUGCUUUUAUCUCAUUCAUGAAGAGAUGACUCGAUCUUUGCUUAAGGAGGAAAAGUCGAAGCUCAUUCCUAUA